GAAAGGUUAAGGAGAUCCUUGAUAGAGACCCAUUAUGCAAAGGCAAGUACGAGUUGGUCACGAUUUCUGGAGAAAACGAUAAGCUUGGGGAAAUUAUUAUAAACGCUUUCAAAAAUCCUGCAAUACCAGUCAUAUGAUAUUCUUUCCGAUGGCCUGGCUCUCCUCAGCGAAAACGUGAUGAUGCUAUACGACUUCUCCAGAAAUGUUAUGACGAGCUGAUAUAUAUCUAACAAGAAAAAUAAGGUCUUAGAAACUCUGCUAGCAAUAGUAAAAACUAAAUAAUCUAAAUAAGCAUUGACUGUCAGUUGAAUUUUUAGAGGAGCCGAAAAAGCGUAGCUGCUUCGUUAUAGAGACCUGUGGUUGUCACACAUUGGCUAUUGAGUCUAAAGGAUGCUUUGAAUUUUUAGGCCAUCGACUGUUCUAGACAUGUACAUCUGGCUUUGGCUUGUGUCAAUUGUCAAAAAAUAGAGCCUAAAUUUGCAUCGUAAAAUCAUAUUAUAAUCAUUAAAGUAAAAAGUAAUAUAACAGACCUAUUUGUUUUGUAGUCAUUCUAAGAACUUAUGUUAUGUUAUAGGAAAAACAAGAAAACCAAUUAAAACACUCGUAAAAUAUGAGUUGUCUACCUGUGUUUUGUUGGGUGACGUAAGGGGAUUCCCCCUUCACUUUUGCUUAGCACGCUUUUCUCUCCAAGUGUUCUCCUUGCUAUUUCGUUAUUCAGUUCUCAACAGGGUAUACUUACUUUAAACGAUGCUAAACCGAAGAAUGAUCAACAAUGGCUUUGGUCCGAUAUAUCAACAGCGAGGAUCAAGAUCUACCAACGCUUGCAUCAUUGUUCUUCUCCUGUACAUCUUGAUCAACUUCUUCGUCGAAAGAAUAUACAAAUACCCCCGUCCAUGGUAUUUGUAUGAGUUCUUUUUCGGCGCCUCAUUCCUUGUACGUGUGCUAGGAGAAGUUAUCAGAAGGCUUUGUCUGUUCACCGAGGAKUAUCGCCAUGUUGAUUCUCGCUACGACGGGAGCUGGAAAAAAGCUUUUCGAGCAGUUUUCAAAUUCAGUAAUAAAAAGCCGAUUAUAGCUCAAACUACCAUAGCUUUCUUAAUGGUGGUGCAUGCUUUCUUGGGUGGACUAGAAUGGUCUUCUUUCACAUCACACGGCCUAUAUGUUUGGUUUUCUAUCAAUGUGGUGUUCAUGCCUGCUUUCGUCCAUGUUGUUGGUCUGAGCGAGCCUUCAAAAGUCGAAUUCUCACAAAUCAGUGAAGAACGAAACAAGAAUAUCGCCGAUGGCCUGGCUUGGAGCUAUUAUUUUGGCUAUCUAAAGAUUGCUUUACCAGAAUUGAAUUCACAGAUCAAUCUUACUUUUCGUUUUAGGCAAAUAAUUCGGAAAGAAUAUCGUAAAGUCUUCAUUUUAUUUCCAAGAAACUGUCAAGUCGAGGACACCAUCUCAGACCCAAGGAAUCUGGUGGAAGACGUUGGAAAUCUUGAACCUUUGAAGAAAGAUCGUGGAGGGAUCAGAGAGAGAACGUAUGAGCAUACAGUAUAUCGGAUUAAAGACGAAAGGUCUGGUGAAGAACACUUUUGUGUGAUGGAGUACGCUACGCCCCUUAAAAUCCUGAGCGAAAUGUCUAACGACCCCAACGCUGGGCUGAGCAGGGAGGAGAGAGACUACCAAGUUGUUGCGUUCUACAGAAAGGUUAAGGAGAUCCUUGAUAGAGACCCAUUAUGCAAAGGCAAGUACGAGUUGGUCACGAUUUCUGGAGAAAACGAUAAGCUUGGGRAAAUUAUGAUAAACGCUUUGGAAAAUCCUGAGAUAUGAUAUUGAUUCUUACUUUGUAAGCUAUUAAAUUUUACAUAAAUAAUAAGACGAUUAAGAAGAAUACGAACAAUAUUUAAUAUCACCGGUGGGUGAUACAAUCAUAUUAAAAAAGUAAAACAUGAGAUAAGAAAAAGAUAAAAUCCAGUGCUAAACUAACAAAAUUAACAAUA